AUGGCCGCCGAGCCUCCCGCUGAGGCACCGGUCAUCACGACGCCCAAGGCCGAGAGAUCUCUCGAAGGCGAGGGCUCACUAUCGAAGCAGGAAGCAUCGGAAACCGGGGAGAUGCUAGGUGCAAGUGCUUCUCAAACGCCGGCAUAUCAGUUAAGGGAGUCCAAAGUCCCAUCGUCUCGACUUGGGAGAAUCUGGAACUAUGGCGGCUUAGCCGUCGGGAUGUUUGGCGGCGCUCUAAGUGAGAGCAUUAGCAGAGGCUUUGGUGGCGGUGGAGAGGGCUCUGUCAUGCUUAGUCCGGCGAACAUGGAGCGACUGGUCGCCAAGUUGUCAAAAAUGAGAGGUGCCGCGCUCAAGAUCGGGCAAUUGAUGAGUUUCCAGGACUCCAAGAUGCUUCCUGGUCCUAUCCGAGAAGUUCUGCAAAGGGUACAGGACAGGGCAGACUACAUGCCGGCAUGGCAGAGAGACAAAGUUCUUGCGGCCAGUCUUGGCGGUGAAUGGCGAGAGCUUUUUGAUAGGUUUGACGAGAAGCCGAUCGCUGCUGCAUCAAUUGGCCAGGUCCAUAGGGCGACUCUUAAAUCGAAUGGUGCUGAAGUUGCCGUCAAAAUCCAGUUUCCAGGAGUAGCGGAUUCGAUUAAUUCUGAUCUGGACAACCUAGGGAUGCUCUUAACUGCCACAAAACUACUCCCCAAGGGCCUCUACUUGAACAAAACGAUCGACAACUCCAGACUAGAGCUCGGCUGGGAAUGCGAUUAUGAAAGAGAGGCUCAGUGCGGAAAGCGGUAUCGCGAACUCCUUGCUGACGAGGAAGACGUCUUUCUUGUGCCCCAUAUUUACACCGAGGCUUCAGGCAAGCAUGUUCUGACCAUGGAAUACAUGGAAGGAGUCGGCGUUACCAGAGUUACGUCCUUCACCCAGGAGCAACGGGAUUGGAUUGGCACUCAAAUUCUCCGGCUUUGUUUGAGAGAAAUUACCGAGUUCAAAUUCAUGCAGACGGACCCCAACUGGACCAACUUCCUAUAUAAUGCCGAGAAAAACAAGCUGGAGUUGCUAGACUUUGGCGCUUCAAGAGAGUAUCCUGAGCGCUUCAUCACACUUUACGUUCAGCUAUUAAUGGCGGCGUCAAAGUUGGACCGCGAUGGGGUGAAGCGCCUUUCUGAGGAGCUUGGCUAUUUGACAGGACACGAGAGCAGAACAAUGCUCGAUGCCCAUAUAGCUUCUGUUCUAACUCUUGCUGAACCUUUCUUGGACUCAGCUCCAGAGGUGUAUGACUUCAGGGACCAAACCAUCACAGAGCGGGUCAAGGCCCAGAUACCUGUCAUGCUUAGGGAACGUCUGGCACCUCCUCCGGAGGAGACAUAUAGCUUGCAUAGGAAACUCAGUGGUGCUUUCCUCCUCUGUGCUCGUCUUGGUAGCAAAGUGAGGUGCCGAGAUCUAUUUGAGAAGAGCUUGCACAAGGGUGGGUUUCUGGAGAAGGUCGCAUGA